GUCUCAGUCCCUGGUGAGGUCUGACCUCUCGCUGAGUUGCACCCAGAGCCUAUCAAUCAGACGACAUCCUUUGCGGUGCCAUAGCACAUGGAUUUCAGGACUGCCUGUGAGGAGACAAAGACAGGGAUUUGUUUGCUGCAGGAUGGUAAUCAGGAGCCUUUCAAAGUCCGGCUGCACCUAGCCAGAGAUAUUCUGAUGAUCCAGGAACAGGAUGUGAUAUGUGUGUCUGGUGAGCCUUUCUAUUCUGGUGAAAGAGCGGUGACGAUUCGAAGACAAACUGUAGGAGGAUUUGGAUUAAGCAUCAAGGGGGGAGCAGAACAUAACAUUCCAGUCGUCAUUUCAAAAAUCUCCAAGGAACAAAGAGCGGAACUUUCUGGACUGCUCUUCAUCGGGGAUGCAAUUCUCCAGAUAAAUGGAAUUAAUGUGAGAAAAUGCAGACAUGAAGAAGUGGUUCAGGUUCUUCGUAAUGCUGGAGAAGAAGUGACCCUAACAGUGUCAUUUUUAAAAAGAGCACCUGCUUUCCUCAAACUCCCGCUGAAUGAAGACUGUGCAUGUGCUCCGAGCGACCAGAGCAGCGGCACCUCCUCUCCUCUGUGUGACAGUGGCUUACAUCUCAACUACCACCCCAACAACACAGACACAUUAUCAUGCUCCUCAUGGCCAACCUCUCCAGGCUUGAGAUGGGAAAAGCGAUGGUGCGACCUCAGACUGAUCCCUCUACUUCAUUCCCGCUUCUCUCAGUACGUGCCUGGGACGGAUUUGAGUCGGCAGAAUGCUUUUCAAGUCAUUGCUGUGGAUGGGGUCUGCAGUGGGAUUAUUCAGUGCCUCUCUGCUGAAGACUGUAUUGACUGGCUACAAGCAAUAGCAACUAAUAUUUCAAACCUCACAAAGCACAAUAUUAAAAAAAUCAACAGAAACUUUCCUGUGAACCAGCAGAUAGUCUACAUGGGCUGGUGUGAAGCAAGGGAACAGGACUCCCUUCAAGAUCGCGUGUACUCUCCAACAUUUCUAGCCUUGAGGGGCUCAUGUCUUUACAAGUUUCUGGCACCUCCAGUGACAACGUGGGACUGGACCCGAGCAGAGAAAGCAUUUUCAGUUUAUGAGAUUAUGUGCAAGAUUCUCAAGGACAGUGACCUGCUGGACCGGCGGAAACACUGCUUCACUGUGCAGUCCGAGUCUGGGGAGGAUCUCUACUUCUCUGUGGAGUUGGACUGUGACCUCGCCCAGUGGGAAAGAGCCUUCCAAACAGCAACCUUUCUAGAAGUGGAACGGAUACAGUGCAAGACAUAUGCGUGUGUGCUGGACAGUCAUCUAAUGGGGCUCACGAUUGACUUCAGCACAGGAUUUAUCUGCUUUGAUGCUGCGACAAAGGCUGUACUUUGGAGGUAUAAGUUUUCUCAGCUGAAAGGUUCUUCAGAUGACGGCAAGAGCAAAAUCAAAUUUUUGUUUCAGAAUCCAGAUACUAAACAGAUUGAAGCAAAGGAGUUGGAAUUUUCAAAUCUAUUUGCUGUUCUUCACUGCAUUCAUUCAUUCUUUGCUGCCAAAGUAGCUUGUUUGGACCCUCUCUUUUUAGGCAGUCAGGCUACUGCUUCUGCUGCUGCCAGCUCUGCUACUACAAGCAAAGCAAAGUACACAACUUGACAUACUGAGUUUUGCAUUGCCACUUACCAUGACUAUGUAAACAGAAUAAAUAUAUUCAUCAUUUUAGACACUGGAGAAACCAUGAUAUCACCAAGUCAACAGUGAAGUCAAAUUGAAAUUUCAGCAGAAAAAAGAAGGUCAUUAGGAAUCUCAAAAACAUUUCUUUUUUGAAAGGCAUCUGUGAAUAAUCCUAAAUGAACAGAACAGCUUGUUCUCACUGAGUUGAUUUGUACCCAUAUACUGCUUUCAUCAAAAGUGGAAACAAAAGAAUGAAUGAUUCGAAGUAUGUAAAUAAUAUAAAAAUUGUAAGCUACCUAUAAAUAAAAAUACCAAUUAAAUGGUUAUUUCUGUAUUUUAGAUUAUUUUGUAUGACAAAUACAUAUUGGACCAGAUCAUGAACUAAUGCCCUAUCAUUGUAUUAUGAGUAAAUAAAGGAGAAAAAAAAAUAUUGCAGCAUGGAGACUAGGAUGCAAAAACUCUCAUUAAAAAAGAAAGUACUUUAAUUUGCUGAUUUAGAUUUCUCUUGUAUUCUCAUUCACUGGCACUUCAAUUUUGUUUAUCUUAUCGUAAAAUAUUCCUAAGAAUUGCAAAAUGAUAAUUACAUUGACCUAUGAAAGACACAAUGUGAAAUGGACUAUUUCUCCCUUGGACCAUGGAUGCUAAAUGUUUUAUUAGCUUCCAGUGUCAAAUAAAUAUGCCAAAAUGUGCUAAUUUAAUUAUGAACGAUGGAAACAUUCACAAACCUCUUGUUCCUUCCUUCAUUUAAGGAGAUUCAUAUUUUACCUAAUGGGGUUUAUUAUCAAAUUAAGUUUCAUAAAUUUUCAGUGACCCCCAAAAACUUUAUAGAGAAAAAAUAUCAACAAAUGUGUGAGAAACAGUUCUUUGUAAUCCUAACCCUACUAGUUAAUUGUGGACUGAAAUGUCCUCAGACAGCCAGUCUCAAAGCUAUUAUUUAUGUUAGGUAAAUGACCUUUGUCCAUUUUAGCAAUAUUUUAUGAGAAAAUAAGGUGAGAUGUGAAAAUAAAAUUUAAAAUUUCUAUCUUACCAUGUCAUAAAAAGUGAUUAAAUAAUGCCAAACUUUGUGGGUUACUUAGGUAGCUUGUCUUAGGAAGGUAAAUGUGGAAAGGAUGGGAAUUUGAAAGCACUGGAAGUGUGUGCACAUGACUUAGGUCCCAGGUAUUGCACAACUAUUUGUGUAACGUGGAAAUGUUCUCUGUCCUUCACUGCAGCUGUCCUGAGGUCUGCUUUUAAACAAUGAGCUGCUUAUUAAAAAAGGAAAAAAGUUCUUUUUUAUUAACACUUGCUUUCCCAACUAAAUCAAACAUUAGAUAUUUCCUUGUGAAGAUGACCAAGUAUCUAAUAAGGUGGUUUAAUUUUCUUUUUUUAAAUAGAAAAAAAAAAGUCACUCAAGAAGGAAACAAAAAUUAUUUGUAAAAAGGACACAUGACCAUUAUAAUUUAAGAAAUUAAUAUCAAACUAUUUCUAUAAUCAUUAUAAAUUAUUAAUUCACUUUGCAUCUGAUUAAUUCUUAAACACAUUAAAUUGAAAAGAAAGAGUGAAGGUUCAUAAUUGUUCUUGGGCAAGUGUUAAGUUGAAUCUAGGACACUUUAUUAAAAGAACUAUUGCAAAUUGGAAAAUAUACAGUUUUAAUAUAUUUUGACUAGAAAGCUAAAUACAUAUCUGUAAUUAGGAUACCACUGUAGAAUUUUUGCUCACUAUGUAUUGAUUAAACACAAGAGUCAUUCUAAAAUUAGAAGCCCACCCAAAGCAGGCUUCAGUAGGCCACUUUUAAACUUAUGGAGAAAGAGUAGAUCUAGGUAUCUACCCUUAGGAUUUUAAGCAGUAGUAGCCAGUUCAUUAUAGAAUCUCAGCUACUAACUCGAGUUGUAUCUGCGUGUUCCCCACAUUGGGGUAACAUCUAUGUGUCCACGGUGUGAUAAUCUGGUCUACAGGCAAUAUGAAAUGGGCUAGAUAGCUAAAAGAAAAAGAAAUAGUUUUAAAACUUUAUGUAAGUGUAAUGUAAUCAUUAAAAAAAAUUAAUGUCAGAUUUUGUAAAUGUUCCAAUUAAAAAAUACAAAAAGGCAAUUUAAUUAAAUAUCCCCUUUGUUAUACCAUAAUCUUCUAGCCCAAGCUCAUGUGUAAGAAAAAAGAAAAGGUGCACAACACGAUAUGUAUGGGUAUAUAUCUCCUUGUACAACACACACACCCAUACACACACACACACACACACAUAUAUAUGUAUAUAUAUGAUAAAAUGCUAAACACAAAUUAUG